GAGAGAGUUGAGUGCAACAGGCAGGGCGGAACUGCUCGAGUGCGUCGAAGCUCGGAUCUGACUUGAGUUCGUUCCAUCCAAGUCGAAGUUAAACCACGCUGACGUGCUCGGCCUUUUUCUGACGUAACUCGAGCGCACCUCGGAUAUGAUCGUGGCUCGUUUAAAAGGCCGUUUUUUGGGCACCGUUUGAACUUCACUGACGUUAUUGCCCUCAACUUGUUUUUUUUCUUCUUUUGACGACAAGGGAGGCGGCGGAGGCAGCACUCGGCAGCCAUCUUUGGACCUGCCUUGCCUGGGAGUGGGAUUCGACCAUUCUGGCAACCCAAGUCACUUCUAAGGCGGUGACCACGUAUGAGGCGACUGUCCUGCAAAUGAGCCGUCGGUGGGGGCUUUCUAGUCGCUGUCGCAGACCCGGAUAGUUCGGCGGCAGCGGCAUCAACUCACCCCCGACUACCACCUCCCCACUAUGCCCAACAGCAGUCGGACGGGGAGCCUAAAGGACCCCGAAAUUGCCGAGCUCUUCUUUAAGGAAGAUCCGGAGAAGCUCUUUUCGGACCUACGCGAAAUCGGACAUGGCAGUUUUGGCGCUGUGUAUUUUGCACAAGAUGUGCGAACAAAUGAGGUGGUGGCCAUCAAGAAGAUGUCCUACAGCGGAAAGCAGUCCAGCGAGAAAUGGCAAGACAUAAUCAAGGAGGUGAAAUUCCUGCAGAGGAUACAACACCCAAACAGCAUCGAGUACAAAGGAUGUUAUCUGCGAGAACACACGGCUUGGCUGGUGAUGGAGUAUUGUCUAGGCUCUGCUUCAGAUCUGUUAGAGGUGCACAAGAAGCCCCUGCAAGAGGUGGAAAUUGCCGCAAUUACACACGGCGCUCUUCAAGGUUUGGCCUAUCUUCACUCCCACAACAUGAUUCACCGAGAUAUCAAGGCAGGAAACAUCUUGCUGACAGAGCCAGGCCAGGUGAAACUCGCUGAUUUCGGCUCGGCCUCCAUCGCCUGUCCUGCCAACUCCUUUGUUGGGACGCCAUAUUGGAUGGCCCCAGAGGUGAUCUUGGCUAUGGAUGAGGGCCAAUACGACGGCAAGGUGGAUAUUUGGUCUUUGGGAAUUACCUGCAUUGAAUUAGCUGAGAGGAAGCCGCCACUCUUCAAUAUGAAUGCAAUGAGUGCCUUAUAUCACAUAGCGCAGAAUGAGAGCCCCAUCCUGCUGUCCAGCGAAUGGACGGAUUAUUUCAGAAACUUUGUAGAUUCUUGCCUGCAGAAAUGUCCCCAAGAUAGGCCCACCUCCGAGGAGCUCUUAAAGCACGCGUUCGUCCAGCGUGAACGCCCCGAAUCGGUUCUGCUGGACCUCAUCAAUCGGACGAAAGAUGCAGUGCGGGAACUGGACAAUUUGCAGUAUCGUAAAAUGAAGAAGCUCUUGUUUCACGAAGCCCACAACGGCCCCGCGACUGAAGCCGCGGACGAGGAGGAGGAGCCGGAACACAGCGUGGGCAGAACGGGCACGGUGAACAGUGUGGGCAGCAACCAGUCCAUUCCCAGUAUGUCCAUCAGCGCCAGCUCCCAGAGCAGCUCCGUCAACAGCCUGACAGACGCCGGAGAUGACAAAAGCGAGGUGGACAUGGAGGGGGACCACACUGUCAUGUCCAACAGCUCCGUCAAACACGUCAAACCGGAGAGAGGAGCGAACAAGAAAGAUUCUGAACCUCACGUUCGCUCAUCCGAGCCUCAAUCCCAGCCCGCCAACGCCCCGCGGCCCAAACGCAACCGUGAACACUUUGCGACCAUUCGCACAGCCUCCGUGCUCACCCGGCAGAUCAAGGAGCACGAGCAGGACUCCGAAUUACGAGAGCAGAUCUUGGGGUACAAGCGCAUGCGGCGGCAGCACCAGAAACAGUUGAUGGCGCUGGAGAACAAGCUGAAGGCGGAGAUGGACGAGCACCGACUGCGGCUGGAUAAGGAGCUGGAGAACCAGAGGAACAGCUUCGCUCAGGAGAUGGAGAAGCUGAUCAAGAAGCACCAAGGCUCCAUGGAGAAGGACACAAAAACGUUCAGCAACGACGAGAAGAAAUUCCACCAGCACAUCCAGAGCCAGCAGAAGAAGGAACUGAACAGUUUCCUCGAAUCACAGAAGCGGGAGUACAAACUUCGCAAGGAACAACUGAAAGAGGAGCUGAACGAAAACCAGUCGACGCCCAAGAAGGAAAAGCAGGAGUGGUUAUCCAAGCAGAAAGAGAACUUCCAGCACUUCCAAGCCGAAGAGGAGGCGAACCUGCAGCGCCGACAAAGGCAGUAUUUGGAAUUGGAGUCCCGCAGGUUCAAACGGAGGAUUUUGAUCGCUCGCCACAACAUCGAGCAGGAUUUAGUGCGCGAGGAGCUGAACAAACGACAGACCCAGAAGGACCUGGAGCACGCCAUGCUCCUACGGCACCACGAGUCCAUGCAGGAGCUGGAGUUCCGCCAGCUCAACACCAUCCAGAGGACGCGGGGCGAGCUCAUCCGACUGCAGCACCAGACGGAGCUCACCAACCAGCAGGAGUACAACAAGAGGCGGGAGAGGGAGCUGAGACGCAAGCACGUCAUGGAGGUCCGCCAGCAGCCCAAGAGCCUCAAGUCCAAAGAGCUACAGAUCAAGAAGCAAUUCCAGGACACCUGCAAGAUCCAGACCCGGCAGUACAAAGCGCUGAGGAAUCACCUGCUGGAGACCACACCAAAGUCCGAGCACAAGGCCGUGCUCAAGCGCCUGAAGCAGGAGCAGCACCGCAAACUCGCCAUCUUGGCCGAGCAGUACGACCACUCCAUCAACGAGAUGUUGUCCACUCAGGCGCUUCGGCUGGAUGAGACUCAAGAGUCCCAGGGCCAGGGCCUUCGUAUGCAGCUUCAGCAGGAGCUGGAGCUUCUCAACGCCUAUCAGAGCAAGAUCAAGAUGCAGACGGAUGCGCAGCACGAGCGCGAGAGAAAAGAUCUGGAACAGAGGGUGUCGCUACGCAGAGCGCUGCUGGAACAAAAGAUCGAGGAGGAGAUGAUGUCCUUGCAGAACAAUCGCUUAGAGCGAAUCCGCAGCCUGCUGGAGCGCCAAGCGCGAGAAGUGGAGGCCUUCGACUCUGAGAGCAUGCGCCUGGGCUUCAGCAACAUGGUGCUAUCCAAUUCCCCGGAGUCCCUCGGCCACAGCUUUCCCGGAUCGCCGUCAAGUUGGAGCGUCCAUCUUCAGCAGCAGCCGCCGCCGCCGUCGUCAGGAAGCUUUCACGGGUCACACUGGAGCGGCGGCAGCUCGGGCGCGGGGGGGUCGAGCCGCCAAGGCAGCCACCGCCAUUAUCACUCCAGUCCCGGUGGGCCACCUACGCCGCAGAGCUGGGGUCAAGGCGUGCAAGUAGGAGGGGCUCCGCAGCCAUGGGGUCACCCGUCAGGCGCGUCGCUCGUGUCCCGCACUGGCGCCGUGGUGCAAAACAGCCCCCAAGGAAUGGGGAGGACACCGCCCGGGGGCCACGGCGAGCAGGGCAUGAGCAGGAGUACCAGCGUCACCUCGCAAAUAUCCAACGGGUCCCACCUGUCCUACACAUAAGUCCUCGGGUUGCUCCGCUGGCGCACGUGUCAAGUGCAACCAAACGCAGCAGCCAAGAAAUCUCCCCCGCUCCCUCCCUUCGUUUUUUUCUACUGUGCGCACCCACACGUGGAUGUGUGGUUGAAUCAAUGUUGCUCAGGUCAAAUGGUCUGCAAAUAGACGCAGACCCCCCCCCCCCCUUCACAUCCUUUAGGUUUAUGACGUCAGCACAUUUUUACUGAUACCCGCUAACCUUUUUUUUUUAUUAUUAUUAUUAUUACAUUGUCCUUCACGGCUCCCAUUUUGCACAUGAAAACACUGUUGAAAGAUCACCAUAUAUUCAAAUAUUAACCCCCCCCCUCCCCCCAAUGGCCCGUACUGAUUGCGCUUGGAGACAGUGUUGUAAUGCCAGCCUGCUGCGAUGGCCAUCGGGAUUCAUUUUAGACCGCCGCCAGCCAAAAGUCACAACCACAAAAAAAAAAAAAAAUCCCCCUCUCAAGUUCAAGGCCGCAAGCUUGAUGACGGUGCCUUUUUCAGUUUGUUUGAUUCCAAACAUAUUAGGCCUAUAUGUUCAGAGUCUGCUAAAUCCCUUUCAUGCUUAAUCGUGUACACCGCCCCCCCCCCCCCCAUUUCAAGGAAGUUCUCGUGUUCUUUUGGGUGAUGUUGAAAUAGACUCCGCCAUAUGUGUAAAAUGUAAGAGCCCCGUUUUGCAGAGUGUGGGUGCGUGUUUGAGCAUUCUUAGGAUCCUUCUUAUUUCCACAAGUUCCAAUUAUAUUCAGAAGUUCACGCCGUAGUGAUGUGCCGAGUAGUCUUAAAAAGAAACUGUGAGAAGUGGAGAGGAAUGUGUAAAUAGUGCUUUUUUUUGUCUUUUUUUUUUUUUAAUAGUAGUUCUUUUAGAGCAGUGGUACUCUUUUGAGGUGACAUAUCAGUGUCCACAGUGACACACUUACCUUCAAAAACAAUCAAAAUCAGAUCGUGAUUUUUUUUAUCAGUGCCUUUUUUUUAGAGGAGAAAAAAAACUGCUGCCUUUUCAAAGCACUUUAUGCUAAAUGCAAGAUUUUUUUUUUUUUUUUUAAAGUAAAUAUUUGCUUUAUUUUGGUGAAAGCACCUGGUCGACGAGCGUUGUCGGAGGGAUGCGGCGCCUGUCGGUCGAAAGCCGCCGCCGCGUUGGCUGAACGUGUGGAGCCAAAUUUGGAGUUGUGGCUUUGUCGGUUGAGCAACUUGGUGGAAUUGUUUAAAAGCCAUGACCAUGACAGCAGGCUGGGUGCCACGGCGACAACGCAAAAGGUGCGACAACACGUCGCCGCUGACUGAAUCCAGCACACGCGUGUGCGUUUGUGAGGGAACACGCAAGUAUGAACAAAUGUGGCGUCGAAGCACUUAGCUGUUUAUUUUACACGUUGCAGGAGCAGCCUGCAUUGCGUGACAAAACUGUUAUAGGGGCUGUUAAUUUUUUUUUUUUUUUUUUUGUGGGCCACAUUGUAAUCACUAAGUGGAAAAUACGAUUUUUUGUUUUACCCACUUAGCAAGAAUGGUGAGUUCUAAUUUACAAUGUCGGUGUGCUUCAACUGUGAUGGACGCAUCUCGGAAGCAAAUUGUUCAUUUUAAAUAAUUUGCUUUUUUUUUUUUCCUGAAAUAAAUAUUUUUCAUGUUAAUAAAUGCGAUGACAACAGGAUAAAUGUGUAAAAAUUCUAAACAAAGUUGACACCAAGAAAAGUGCUAAAACAGGGUGUUGCUCGGUGACGGGACCAAAGCCAAAAGAUCUGAAACAGGAAGUGUGCGGUCAAGAACUUCAUCAAACGUUUGACAUCGAAUUUAAAAAUACUUAUUCCAUGCAAUAGAAUAUCCAAAAACGACGCAAUGUGAAGAUUUGACCUUUGAUAGAAAUUAACCCCCAAAAUUACAAAUCUCUACAUUUUAAUUUGUGUGCCACAAUUAUUAUUUUUUUCCCCCCAAGUGUUCAACUAUUGUCCAAUUUGUGUUGAGUGUUUUGGUGGAGUAAAAAAAAAAAAAAAAUUAAAAUCUUUGUGCCAAAAUCACAUUAAACCCAAUUAGAUCCAAUUUGCUCUAGUGGGCCGGGCCACCAUAAAAAAAUGCGUGGCCUUGAGUUUGACACCAUGUUAAGCAAAUGAAAGCACCUUGUUGCCAUUUCAAGCACCGGUAACUACCGCCAUGUUUUAAACUACCAUGACAACUUUCUGUCAUACAAAGUUUGGAGAAAAGCGAAUUACUCUUAACCAUCCAUUUUCUACAGCAGAACCUCACCGACCCCAUGCCAACUUUCACUUUUGUUUGUGUGUGAUUGGAUGGUUAUCAAUGUCUCAUCGCUUCACCAACCUGGAUGUGUUUUUAAUUGUCUUUUUCCUUUGGGGGGGGGGGGGGGUGCAGGGGGUCUUACUGACUGACUUGACUGACUGACUGAACGAACGCAAAUUGAGGAUUCUGAAUAAGGCAACAGACAAGAGAGGGCUAAAGUCUUCUGUGGUCCAAACACUGUGCCAUAGUUGCCUGGCCCAUAUGCUGCCAUGUGGUGACCCCUGACCCCCCCCCCCCCCCCCCCUUUCCCCCUUCAGUGAGCUGUCACAUCUGAUCCAGAGGCCAACACACCCCCGCACGCUUUGGUGACAAAUCCAGUGAGAAGAUAGAGAUUGCAUUUCUUUUGAAGAUGUCAGUAUUUUUAUUUUUUGUUGGCGCAUUACCACUACAACUUGUAACCUGUAUUAAAUUGUAUAGAUGGUCAUGAGAGUUUAUGAAGAUGCUACACAUAACGAGAUGCUCAAAUACUUAAAAAGUCGAUUCGGAUUGUAUUAAAAAAAAAAAAAGAUUCAUUAAAAAGAAUAAGAAUAGAAUCAAAUCUACUAUUUUGUUUGUAUUAUAAUGUACCAUUAUGUUGGCAGAGGGAUUAUUGAAAAUAAAUGAGCUGUAAUAAAGUAAUUUUAGUAUAAACGGCGUUGUCUAAUUUUAUUUUAUAUUUUACUUUAUUUUUAGCGUGUGCGCAUUGCAUUUCCGACGUUCAUGAGGUUUGCGUUCUGAUUGGUCCGUGGACCGGAAGUAAUCACAGCGUGCGGUAUGACGAACAUUGUAAACAAAUGUUUUAACGAUUGAGCGGAGGAAUGCCACCCGAAGAGAAACUCGUUUGAGUGAGAUGUUGUGCGAAUUAAUUUUCACGUCACUAUGGUUCCUGUUUGUCAUCUUCUGGGUGGAGACCAGUGUAUGGUUCUUCCUCGCGGUGUUCUACCAUGAUCGAGCCUUGUACCUUUGGGAAGAUGGAGUUAAUUCCCACUUGCAGAGAGAAAUGUAGCCCUUGGACAUGAACAUCUGGGAGCACCUCCUGAAUGCACUGUUUUGAGAUGUGUGUGUCCACACCGUGCUGCCUUUAUUUGUUCAUUUUUUAAUACUUAUCUGCAAUAGAUGCACACGGAACAAAGGGUAUGGAUGGAGCUCUGCCGGGACCUGUUGCCUUCAUGUUUUGACUUUUGGAGAUGAUGGAGAAAUGAUUAGUGCCGUUCUAUGCAGCUUGUAAAUGUACAUAUUGGAUAUGUUGGAGCCAAACAUGGUCGAAUACAAACAUCAUGUGAUGUCUUUUGUUAUCAAGAACGACGGGGGGUGGGCGGUUCAAAUAUGGAUGUAAAAUAUUUCAUUUGAACAUGUAAUUAGUUCUGUUUGGUUCAAAUUUUAAUUAAUUAUAAUUAACCAAAUAAAUAUAAAACUAAA